AUGUCUGGCAACAGAGAAUUUAAUCUCAGGCGACGUGAGUUACUGCGGCCAAGCCUUAAUUCUCAAUAUGCCACACUCUGUAAUCCAUCAACACCCAUAACCUCCGAAUUGUUUGGGGACGAUAUCAGUAAAGAAAUUGAUCAAGUGGCCAAAGCUAACCAACUUGGUAAUAAGCUUUCCAGUUUGCGCAGAGGCCGUGGGCAACGAUAUCACCCAUAUGCAGGAUCACCAUCGCCACACUACAGCGGUACUGGGCCCAUGAGUGGUCAGGACAACAGAGCUCCCGUUCCUCGAAGUUUUCAUCUUUUUUCGGAGGCAGAGGCUCCUAUCGACGCCGACUAG